AUGUCGAUGUCCCGGAGCCGGGAUAUUAGAGGCUUCUUCGGCAAAGGUCCUAGCCGUAGUAACUCUGAAUCCCAGCCGGUCUCCUCGUUAGAGCCGGUCCGGGAUCUGCAAUCCUCAUUUUCGUCCCCUAGGACACCUCCGAAACCCACUCCGAAGCUACGUGAUCGGACCGAUGAAAUUAAAGGGUCUGACGAUGAGGACGGCGACUCAGACGACUCAUUAGAGUCCAUAUCAGCAUUCAUCCAACGGAAAAAAGGCCCUGCGCCUUAUCAAAGAGACUCAAAUCUAACCUCCACGCCUAGGGCGAAGAGGAUAGCCCCUAAUCCAGCCUCUCUACUUAAAUCACCAUUGACGAUACAGCCUAAACAUAAAUUUGACCUCAAGUACUUAAUCAACCAUGCUCGGCAAUCUGACAGAGCAGAUGAGAGUGCUAGGAUAGCAGAUGAGCUCAUCAACCAGAGCGAGGAAGAUGAUGAGAAUGGUCAAAUUUUAACAGAAGUACAAAAUGACCCAACGCUGUUGCAAAAGACAGCUAAGGAACUUCUUAAGGAUGACGAGGAGGAUGCUAAAGGCGACAAGUUAAUGAGGGCUAUGAAUCGUACUAAAGUCGACGGGUCUAACAGACUAUAUUAUUUCUUUAGUCUGGAACAACCCCUAUUUAAACCUCCUAGAAGUCUAUUCCCACAGGAGGCGGCAAAGGGGUGUUGGGAAUGUCUCGCUAACUCGCGAGCGCGAGAUCAAGCCAUCAUUCUCGGCUUACCCCAUACUAUUGCCUCCAAGGGUAGGGCCCUCCCGGAUGAGCUUUUCUUAUGGAUCAUCGACGAGGUCUGCGCCGAGAGGAACGCCCAGCUGCGCAUACAGUACUGCAAUCUGGUGGGCCGAAGUACUCUCACAGCCGAAGUAAACCCUAAGCUUGAGAGUUUACCCAGAGUGGAAGAUCCGUAUCCUCGAAAAGACUGGUCAGGUCUGGUGACUUUCCUCGAACUAUUAGAGCGCAUAGCUCCAAACUUGAGCACGCAAAAUGUAAUAGGGGUUAUUAAACUACUACUACGGAUGGGACUCGACCCUCUCGUGAGUACGACGGUUCGUUCUGAGCAUGCUGCAGCAAUGGAAGCUCUUGUCACGGCGUUAUCGAAGUUGAGUACAUCCCAAUGGAACGAAACUUGCAAGACAAUAUCUUCUUAUCUCUACGAGAGUGUAGACGAACCCAUGCAUCAGGCCGUCCCCAUCAACCAUAUGCCUAAAACUACUACUAAGCUCCUCGACCUACGCAGCGCAUGGCAGCCGUGGCUUGACUCGAGUGAUUUCCGUGUCGGGGCAUCUACUAACUUCGAGGACCUACGGGCGCUAAUAGCACUUCUGGACAUCGUCAUCGGCAACGCAGGCUUUAUCAUGCAGCAGCACUCGGGAAGUGGCAUAGAGGAUGUGGCUCGCAAGUUUGACGCCGAUAUCGAUGUCCUAACGUUUAGACUUAAAGUGAUACAUGAUAAAAUCCAUGACAGUACUCUACUCUCCCGCAAGGUUGCCAAGGCGUCCAUCGACUUGGUAGCUAAACGAUUAGCGUACGCGGUGCGCACGCGGCCGCCCCCUAAAACAAGCAUCUUCGACUCGGAGCCCAGAGAGGACGCCAAUAUACCCAAACAGCGGGCAUUCAUGAAGAACUGGGCUCAGAAGAAGGCGGAGCGAAACAAUGCUGCCGCUGCGGUUAGUUAA